AUGGCGCGAACCAAGCAAACCGCACGAAAGUCCACCGGUGGUAAGGCGCCCCGAAAGCAGCUCGCCACUAAGGCCGCCCGCAAGUCCGCGCCCGCCGCCCACGCCGGUGGUGUCAAGAAGCCCCACAGGUACAGGCCCGGUACCGUCGCUCUCCGUGAGAUUAGGCGAUACCAGAAGUCGACCGAGCUCCUGAUCAGGAAGCUCCCCUUCCAGCGUCUCGUCCGUGAGAUCGCCCAGGACUUCAAGACGGACCUCCGAUUCCAGUCCUCCGCUAUCGGAGCUCUCCAGGAGGCUUCCGAGGCCUACCUCGUGUCUCUCUUCGAGGACACCAACUUGGCCGCUAUCCACGCCAAGCGAGUCACCAUCCAGCCCAAGGACCUCCAGCUGGCCCGCCGGCUCCGAGGCGAGCGAUCCUAG